UGCGCAAUCACCAGAACGCCAUCUCACUGAAAGACUUAAGAGUUUUGGUUCUGCCAUUAUGUUUCUUUAAGUGCAUUAUAAUAUAUAGCAGAGAAUGGAGGGAGGAUGAUGGUGAACUCCUCCUUCUGAAAUCUUGGGCUGGGCUUUAAGGCGCUCCUGUGGACCUGCGUACUGAGUGGACGCGCCAUCCCGCCGUCCUUAUCCGCUACUGCAGCCAUUAAACCCAAGCAAAAGUCAUUUUUUAAUCCUGUUCGUCAUCCAGACCUUUCACUGUAUCCUCCCCUGUCACGGCUUUGCACGGUCACCGUGCAAGGAAUUGCAAAAGGGCCAUGGCGCAAAAUAGGUUUCUUUUAGCGGCUCUUCUCUUUUGCUCAGCGUGGGCAGGACUGUCGGCUCAGGACAAACAUACGUUCAGAGAAUGCCCUGUGGACCUGUUCUUUGUGCUGGACACAUCAGAGAGUGUGGCCCUCCGAGGCGAUGCACAUUAUUAUUUCAACAAGAUCAAAGACUUCGCCAUUCGCUUCAUCCAUGAACUGAAGGAUACUCGCCAGCCAUGUGACCGUUAUCUAGCAUGGAAUUCAGGAGCUUUACACUACAGUGAUGAGGUGGAGGUGGUGCACAGCCUGGUGGAUAUGAACCCAGGUGGUCGCAAUGCGCUUGAAAAAGCCAUUUCCUCUAUUAAAUAUAUUGGCAAGGGAACCUACACUGACUGCGCCAUUAAGCAGGGUCUUGCAGAGCUGCUCAUAGGUGGCUCUUACUAUCAUGAGAAUAAGUACCUUGUGGUUGUGACAGACGGUCACCCUAUCAGUGGUUAUAAAGAGCCCUGUGGAGGGAUUCAAGAGGCAGCGAACGAGGCCAGGCAGCAUGGCAUCAAAGUGUUUGCUGUGGCCAUCACCCCAGACCAGGAGGAGUCCAGAUUGUCUGUCAUUGCCACAGACAUGAGGUACAGGCAGAACUUCACUGCUGCGGACAAAACCUCAUCCCUACAUAUGGAUACAAUCAACACUAUCAUUGAAAUGAUCACCAAUGAAACAAAGGAUGUGUGUUGCUCCUUUGACUGCACUGCGCCCAGUGGUCUAGCUGGCCGCCCCGGGGAAAAAGGAUACCAGGGGGAGCCUGGGAGACAAGGCCUGCCAGGAGAGAAAGGAGAAGCUGGAGCACAGGGAAGGACUGGUGAUCCUGGUCCAGUUGGUUAUCAAGGCAUGAAGGGAGACCAAGGAGAAAGAGGACUGAAGGGAGAAAGAGGCCACAAGGGCUUCAAGGGUGACAAAGGACAGUCUGGAAGGGAUGGAGUUGAUGGGGCUAAGGGUGAGCCAGGGUUUGAUGGUCUACAAGGUUGCAAAGGGUCACCUGGGCACGAUGGUCUCCCAGGAGAACCAGGCCCAAAAGGAGACCCUGGUCCUUAUGGACAAAAAGGAGCAAAAGGAGAACCUGGCGCAGAUGGUGGAGCAGGGAGACCUGGUAACUAUGGACGCACUGGAAAUAAGGGUGACAGAGGACCGAGAGGAGCGAAUGGGGAUAAAGGAGAAAGAGGAGAUGAUGGAUCACAAGGACCAGAUGGCCUGAGAGGCGAAAGAGGUUUACCAGGUGAGAAAGGUGAACCAGGUGCCCGUGGGAACAGAGGACCAAGAGGAGACUCUGGUGAGCCAGGUCCUCGGGGCGAGCCAGGACGUGAAGGAUCAGCUGGACCUAAUGGUGAUCCAGGUGAGGCAGGAAAGCCUGGGUCUCCAGGUUACCGUGGUGAUGAGGGUCCCCCAGGACAAGAGGGUAGUAAAGGGCCCAGAGGAAUCAAAGGCGCCCCAGGAGACAGAGGUCUUAUGGGAGAGAGGGGAGACGACGGACCACCAGGAAAUGGAACAGAGGGUUGCCAUGGUUUCCAGGGUUAUCAUGGUCAAAGGGGAGAUCCUGGAAAUUCUGGAAGCAGAGGAACACCAGGGCCCAAAGGGGAUGACGGCGAACCUGGUGAACCUGGUUCAGAUAACGAUAAACCAGGAUCACCUGGGCCGAAAGGAGCAAAAGGACAUCGAGGGCCUGAAGGAUUACCUGGACCUCCUGGACCUCCUGGGCCUCCUGGAAUUGAUGACUGUGAGAUCCUGGAUAUUAUCAUGAGGAUGUGCUCUUGUUGUGAGUGCAAGUGUGGACCCCUGAACAUUACCUUUGUUGUGGACAGCUCUGAGAGUAUCGGUGCUAACAACUUUGCAAUUGCUAAGGACUUCAUCGUAGCUGUUAUUGACAGAUUGGUCAGGGAUCAGCAAGUCAAAUUUGGCUUAGCCGAUUCUCAUGUUGGUGUGGUGCAGUACAGUGGUGAAAGGGCUCAAGAGGUUGUGAAGCUUGGUGACCCCAACAUCACCAACAUAAGAGAACUCAAGGAGGCUAUUAAGCGGUUGAAUUGGUUGGCUGAAGCCACAUACACCGGAGAAGCCCUUGAAUUUUCAUGGAAUAAUUUGAUCAGACGGCUAGACACGAACUACUCAAACAGUGUGGUGCUAGUCCUGACUGAUGGUCGUUCAGAUACUAAGAGAGACAGCGUGCCUCUAAACAUACUGUGUGGCCGAGGCCUACAGGUUGUUGGUGUAGGUGUUAUAGACUAUUCAGGUACACAGCCCAACAGUGAUCAGGUGCAAGACGUGAGCUGUUCAAGUGAUCGGGAUAAACCAGGCACCUCCUUUGUCCUUAACAACUUCGGCAUGCUCCUGGAUGAUGCUUUCCUCCAAAAUGUAACCAACAAUAUGUGUCAAAAUAAGAAGUGCCCCAAUUACACUUGUCCAAUUUCCUUUACGGAUUCCACCGAUAUCCUGAUUAUGAUGGAUAGCUCAGCUAGCGUGGGUGCCAGAAACUUUAAGUUGACCCAGAAUUUCACAGACAAGCUGGUCAAGCGCUUCCUGACUGCAGAUAAAAGUCAAAACACUGAGGUCCGUGUUGCCGUUGGGCAGUACAGUGAUACCGCUAAGCUAGAAGCUGGCUUUUUUAACAAUUACACUGUAGUGGCUGCUCAGCUCGCAGAAGCCAAAUUCCAGAAUGCUGGCACGCAGGUGAUCGAGGCACUCCAUUUUGCCAUUGACCAAUUCAAAGGAGGCCGGAACAGGAAGAAGAAGCUGCUGGUGUUUUCAGAUGGGCGCUCACAAGGCAUGAACACUAGGCAAUUAGAAGAGAUGGUAAGGGAAGUUAACACAAACGGCAUUGAGCUUUAUGUUCUGGCUGUUGAGAAUCAUCUGAAUCAGUACAACCUGCAGAUUUUGGCAAGUCGUGGACGGCCUGAUGACAAUAUCUAUGCCUCCCGCCAUCUAAUUAGAGCUCCUGACUAUCACUCCUUGCUUAGGGGAGUAUUUUACCAAACUGUGUCCCGGAAGAUUUCACUGGAUUCAGUAGUGUAUGUCAGGUCUUCUUAAUACGCAGGAGCUGAUUGUGAAGUGGGAGGGUGAAAAGUAAUACAUACACAGGGGGUGGGGCAAUAGAGCACAAGUUGUUGUUGUUGUUUUCAUUAAUUUGUGAUCCAUAUUUCAUUUUACAUCAUGUAGGGAUUCUCUGAGUUAUAUAUGAGAGAUACCGGUAUGUCAUUUAUGUGCCUUUGAAAGUUAAAGGGAUUAAGAAAAAGAGUAAUUUCACAGUCAUGAUUAAAAAGCAUGUGCAUUUCCUCGAUGUUAGGAUCAUUCAUAUACAUUGGAUUAUUUUCUCGAAAACUACUUUCUCAUCUCAUCAUACCUUCAUCAACAUUAUCAUCUCCUUUAAACAUACAGUACAGUACAAGCAGUUUCCUUCGGAAUCAAUAAAGUUUUCUGAUUUUACAUGCUCAGAUUGUCUUUUUGAAGCCUGAAUAAAUCAAUUCCCAUUUUUAUCCUCUUUUAUAUUUCAUAUCACUUGAAUGUAAAUUUGGUGCUAUCAGCAUACACUCAGGCUCAUUUAAAUGCAAACGCAAAUUUGAAAUGUUAUAGUGCUUUUAAUCAAAGAUUGUUUUUACCAAUGGGAAUAUGUAAAAUUUUAUACAUUAUAAAUGUAUUUUAAAUUAGUCAUGGGGAUGCUGUAGAGGGACUUUUUUCCAAUAAAGAAUGCUUCACCCACUAAA